AUGGAGUUCCCAACACAUUCUUAUCUAUUUUCAACUGCGUUUCUCCGUUUCACAAUAUUUUUAGUUGUUUUGUUGAAAACAAAAGCGGUUUUGAAACUGCCGCCAAAUGUUUCGAUUCCUGCCGUGUUUGUGUUUGGAGAUUCAAUCAUGGAUACUGGAAAUAACAACAACAUGACAACACCUUCUCGCUGCAAUUACCCUCCCUAUGGCAAAGAUUUUCAAGGAGGACUUCCAACCGGAAGAUUUAGUAACAGAAAAGUUCCCUCGGAUAUUAUAGUUGAAGAAUUAGGAAUUAAAGAGUAUCUGCCAGCAUAUUUGGACCCAAAUCUGCAGCCUAGUGAACUACUCACAGGUGUAAACUUUGCAUCUGGUGGUGCAGGAUAUGAUCCUAUGACUUCACAAUUAGAGGUAGCUAUAUCUAUGUCUGGACAACUAGACUUAUUCAAAGAUUACAUUGUGAAACUUAAAGGACUUGUUGGUGAAGAUAGAACAAACUUAAAGGACUCAUACAAAUGUACAUAUACAUAG